AUGGACCGAGCUGCAGAGGUUUCUAAGGUGGCAGAUGAUUCAAUCUCUCCUCAUGCCUCGCAUACAACAUCAAACACUGCUACGCUGGACAAAUCCGGCAACAAGAUAGUGGAACAGUCAACUUCAGCCGACGAUGUGGAAAAGCAAUCCGAUACACAAAGUCUUCAGGCAGGUGUCCGGAGAGCAGAGAUUUUGCGAAAAGGAUGGACGAAGAAAGGUUUAUAUACGGCCUUUGUCGGUCUGUUCAUCGCGACACUCGCAAUCAACUUUGGCGAUUAUUCCACGCAGGUCUAUGUCCCGUACACCACCAGCGCCUUUAAGCAACACUCUGCAAUGAGCGCUGCUCGCGUAGUCAUGAAUAUCACCCGCAUUGCUGCCUAUCCAAUUAUUGCGAAGCUGGGAGAUGUGUUCGGUAGAGCAGAGAUGUUUAUUCUCUCCAUUGCAGCCUCUACCCUUGGCUAUGUGAUUUAUGCCGCUUGCGAAGAUAUCGCGCAGUAUAUGGUUGCUGGUAUCUUUGAAGCAAUCGGAUCGACAGGCUACGCGCUUACACAGCAAGUUUUCGUCGCCGACGUUACCAACCUGAUCAAUCGUGGAAUCUGGUCUACACUACCUGACUCACUUACCACUGUCCCAACCUUAUACCUGGGCACGAUUGUCGCUCAACGCAUGCUAGACCACUCGACGUGGCGAUGGGGCUGGGGCAUGUGGGCCAUCAUAACACCCGUUUGCGCAGUGCCUUUGAUCGCAACAAUGCUAGUCUACCAGCGGCGCGCUCCAAUUAAGGUUCCUAUUGCGAAGGCCAUGGGCUGGAAGGAAACAGACACCUGGUAUCAGCGCGCGUACCGUCUCCUCUGGGUCGAGCUGGACUUACCGGGCGGUGUUCUCCUGCUACUCGGACUAUCCCUAUUGUUGGUUCCCAUCGCCUUGACAGGUUCCAAUAACAGCAACGCCUGGCACAAGGGAAAUUUCAUCGCGAUGCUCGUCCUUGGAGUCGUGUUCCUCAUGUCAUUUGUUAUAUGGGACGCCCGGUUCGCGAAGAAGCCGUUCGUGCCAUAUCGCAUGAUUAAGCAGCGCACCGUAGCAGCAGCAUGUCUCCUAGGUGCUCUCGAUUUCUUCCACUACUCCGUCUUUUCAGUUUUCUUCACCAGUUACCUUCAAGUCGCUGGACACUUCAACGCAGGUAAUGCCACAAGAAUCGACAACUCCCUCCGCGUCGCCUUCCAAGUCUCAGGAAUCUUCGCCGCCUUCUUCAUGAAAUACACCAAACGCUCCCAAAUCUGGGUCCUAGUCGGCGUGCCCCUCUGCAUCCUAGGCAUGGGGAUCCUCCUCUACCUCGUAGACAUGGGCGAUGGCAAAACCGGCAACGAAGCAGCCUUCGUAACCGCCAAAUCCCUAAUCGGCAUCGGCCGCGGCUUCUACCAAACCGCAGCACAAGUCUCAGUCCAAGCCGUCGUCUCCAGACAGGAAGUAUCAGUCGUCACAGCCGUCUUCUUCGCCUCGAUGAGCAUCGGCGGUGCUAUUGGAACUAGUGUAGCGGGUGCUAUUUGGCGGAGUAAUCUGCCCCGCAAGUUGAGCGAGUAUCUGCCUGAUGAGGCGAAGGGUCAGGCUAAGUCGAUCUUUGGGUCGAUUGUUGUGGCCCAGAAGUAUCCGGUUGGUGGGUCGGUUAGGAUGGCGAUUGAUCGGAGUUAUCGUGAGUCGCAGCGGUUGUUGGCUAUUGCUGCUAUUUCGGCGCUUGCGCCUAUGGUUGUUAUUAUGUUCUUUUUGAAGAAUGUGCAUUUGGAUGAGAGGCAGACUGCUAAGGAGGAGGGGGAGAGAGAAAUGGGAGAGCAGAAGAAGGGAGAUGCGGAAUGA